UUUUUUUUUUCUCAACUGAAUCCAACGUCUCUCUCUCUCUCUCUCUCUCUCUCUCUCUCUCUCUCUCUCUAAUCUUACCUUCUCCUUUCAAUUCCUUCCAUGGAGCACACCCAUACCAGAAAUAUGAGCUUUCCGACUACCGGAAAAGUUGGCGAUUCCUCGAUAGGAAUCGAAAUGGAUUCUAUGAGAAUGUCUACAAGGCAGGGGUUGGAUAGCCAUCGUCUACUAAGAGGAGGAAGACCACCCUAUACAAAUUCCCUCACCUCUCGAGAAAUGGAAUCUCUCACUGCUAUUUGCGACACCUUUUUGCCAUCCAUCGAGAGUUAUUGCCAAGGAAAUGAAUCUCUACACACCUUCUAUCGAACCUCCGCAUCCAUGGCUGGAACACCAGAAUAUCUUGGAGGAUACAUUUCUUCGCGUUUGAAACAUCCAGCCUUGUGGCUGCUUCGAUUAGCGAUGUGGUUUUUGUCAACUUGGUAUGGAACUUUUGUGAUAUGUGGGAUAGGAAGCCUCUCAACCCAAUUCCCAUAUUUUCAGAGAUUCUCACAGGUUUUGCAGCAUAAGCGAGAGGAGAUUGCUUUGUCAUGGUCCAUCAGCUCCUUUUUCCUCUAUAGGAUGCUAUUCAAGGCCUUCAAGUUUCUCACCCUCCUCUUUUUCUUCACUCAGGUGAAUGAAAAGAAUGAGAACCCAUCGUGGGAAGCUCUGGGCUAUAAGGGACCUGACCCUGAUUUUAUUAGGACACCUCAAGACCAAAUAGAAGUAGAAACAGAAGCUGAAGCUACUCAUUUUGGACCCCUUUACAAAGCCAUCAUCAACACAGAAAAUCCCAGAUAUGUUAUCUCAGAAGCCCUCCGAAAAGCCGGAUUCCCAGUCUCCAUCCGACGUCAACAUCUAGGCAAAAGAACACGGGCUUCUUAUCCAACUAUCCAAUGCGAUGCUGUUGUUGUUGGCUCUGGUUCAGGUGGCGGAGUCGUUGCAGGUGUCCUAGCCAAAUCCGGCUACAAAGUACUGGUCUUGGAGAAGGGGAAUUACUAUGCAAGGGACAAUCUCUCUCUUCUCGAAGGCCCGACCAUGGAUCAGAUGUAUGAAGGUGGAGGAUUGCUCGCCACCAAGGAUCUUGGUGUAGUAGUCCUUGCCGGCUCGGCUGUCGGUGGAGGCUCAGCUGUAAAUUGGUCAGCAUCAAUUCGAACACCAGCCCAUGUGACUGCCGAAUGGUGCAACAAGUAUGAGCUUGAACUAUUUGAGAGUAAGACUUAUAAACAGGCCAUGGAUGUUGUCUGUGAGCGAAUGGGAGUUCAAUCGGCCAUUCAUGAAGAAAGCUUAAAUAAUGCAGUUUUACGUAGAGGUUGUUUGGAACUGGGGUAUCCCAUCAAAGAUAUUCCUCGCAAUUCACCGCCAGAUCAUUACUGUGGGUGGUGCUGUUUUGGGUGCAAGGAUGGAAGAAAGAAGGGUACUCAUGAGACAUGGCUCGUAGAUUUGGCAGAUUCGGGGAAAGGUGUAAUUAUCCCCAGUUGCAAAGCUGUGAAGGUCUUGCAUGAAAGGAGGAAGGGGAGGAAAAGAAAUAAAGCAACUGGAGUGGUUUUUGAAAUUGGAAAUGAGUGGGAAAAGGGUGUUUAUGUGGUGGAGUCAAAAGUGACUGUGGUCGCCUGCGGCACAUUGGGCACUCCAGUUUUACUAAAGAGAAGUGGAUUGAAGAAUGCAAACAUUGGAAAACACCUCCAUCUCCAUCCCACUGUAAUGGCAUGGGGCUACUUUCCAGAGACUCCUGGUCGAUGGCCUGGAGAAGAGAAGAAGAGCUAUGAGGGUGGGAUCAUGACUGCAAUGUCAACUGUUGUAGCCAAUUUCAACACCUCAGGCUAUGGUGCAGUUAUACAGACUCCAGCAUUGCACCCAGGCAUGUUUUCAGUGGUUACACCGUGGGUUUCAUCCAUGGACAUCAAAGAGAGGAUGAGCAGAUUCUCACGGACGGCUCAUAUAUUUUCCCUGGCAAGAGAUAAGGGGGAGGGACAGGUGAAUUCGCAACGGUCGUUGAGUUAUCAACUGGAUGCUUCUGAUGAAGAGAAUCUAAAGAAGGGUAUGGAGAAGAUGCUUAGGAUAUUGGCAGCUGCAGGAGCUGAAGAGAUUGGAACGCAUCACUGCAAAGGGGACAGACUGAAUGUGAAACAGGUAAGCUCCCACGAGUUUGAAAGGUUUGUAAAGGAGGUGAGUCGGAAGGUGCUGAGGGAUCUGUCGACGCCCAUCUGCUCAGCACAUCAGUUGGGAAGCUGUAGAAUGGGGGUUGAUCCCAAGCAGUCGGCUGUGAAUCAGAGUGGGGAGACAUGGGAAGUAGAGGGGCUGUAUGUUACAGAUGCAAGUGUUUUCCCGACAGCUCUCGGUGUGAAUCCUAUGGUCACCGUUCAGGCCAUUGCUUACUGCACUGCACAAUCAAUUCUGGAAGUCUUGGCAAGGAAGAAAACUGGAUAACAGUGAGAUUUCUUCAGUGGCUAACACAUAAUUAUAGACAUCUUAUCCUUUCUUUUUCUUCUUCUCUUCUUCUAUAUUCUUCUUAUAUGUAAUAUAAAGGUUGAAACACUUGUAACUCUUUUACGAGCUUCAUCUCCUACACUUGUUAUGCUA